AUGACCUUGCCAGCAGAGGUCCAUUCUUCACAUCCGCGCCGUGGUUCGCACUCUUCCAGUGCAGACCCAUUUUCCGAGCCUGACAUAUAUUAUGGCGAGGAGGAACAUCUAAGGAGACAAGCCCAGGCUCAUCGAAGGACGCUGUCAUCUAGCCUGAAACGAUUUGACUUCUCCGAUCUGCAUGAUUUUAUCGGGAAAACUCCACCAAGACGCACGAGUCAUGACGAACGGUCACAUUCCCGCAAAUUCCUUAUCGAUGUCGAUGUCACAUUGGAGACGUUGCUGGAGCGUGAAGAUACAGAUAACAAUGCGCAAAUAACGAUAGAAGAUCAGGGCCCUAAGGCAAGCUGA